AUAGAGGAGUUCCUUAAUAAAACAGCAAGAGAGCGGGACCUCUGUGUUUUUUGAACUUGUAUUUUCGAUUCAUCAAUACGUCGUCGUCAUGCCGCGCUUCUUCUUCGUCCUCUUUCGCCGGCCAUUUUGUCAGAUCUGCUUCGUUUCUCUCUCAAUUUAGGGUUUCAAUUUCAUCAUCUUCUUUCUGUCCAACCAUACGUACGUGUGUGCGUAAGCAUGUGUGUGCAUUCACUCAUUCAGAUUUACAAAUUAGGGAUUCGCAUUUGAAAGUACAAGCAUCAAAUUUAUUACUACCUUGUUCGUUCGUUUGUCUCCAGAAUGCAGAGCUCAUCGAGCUCGUCGACGGUUCAACCAGAGGCCAUACUAGAGUGGCUUCAGAAGGAAAUGGGUUAUAGGCCACUUGGACCGUACAGUUCCACGAGCAAAUCAAAUGCACCGUCUGUGGAUACCAUUCGCAAGAUUUGCCGUGGGAAUAUGAUACCGAUUUGGAGUUUUUUGAUUAAGAGAGUGAAAUCGGACAAAACGGUGGAGAAUAUAAGGAAGAACAUAACGGUCCAUGGUAGUGGUAGUGGUGGUGAGAGUGGCAAUUCGGUCAAUUUGGGGAAAGAGGAGGGAAAAAGUAGAGGAGGGAGGAGGAAGGAGAAGGUUCCGGUGGAGAGAGAAAGUGGGAGCACCAACGAGAGUAGAGAGGCAGCUUUGAAUGAGAGAGAGUUGGCUGCCAAGGAAGUUGAGAGGCUGAGGAACAUUUUGAGGAGACAAAGGAAAGAUUUGAGGGCUAGAAUGUUGGAGAUUUCGAGGGAGGAGGCUGAGCGCAAGCGGAUGCUUGAUGAACGAGCAAAUUACAGACAUAAGCAGGUGACGUUGGAAGCUUAUGAUCAACAGUGUGAUGAAGCGGCCAAAAUAUUUGCAGAGUACCAUAAACGCUUUCGUCAAUAUGUUAAUCAAGCAAGGGAUGCUCAAAGGACAAGUGUUGACUCUUCUGUUGAAGUGGUUAACACCUUCACUGGAAACAGUGAGAAGGAAGCUGUUUAUUCAACUGUUAAGGGCUCAAAAUCUGCGGAUGAUGUCAUUCUUAUUGAAACAACUAGGGAAAGAAAUAUCCGGAAGGCAUGUGAAUCUCUUGCCGCACAUAUGAUUGAAAAAAUACGCUUGUCAUUUCCAGGAUAUGAAGGAACUGGUAUUCAUUCGAAUCCGCAAUUAGAAGCUGCAAAGCUGGGCUUGGAGUUUGAGGGUGAAAUACCUGAUGAGGUUAGAACUGUUAUUGUGAAUUGCCUGAAGAGUCCUCCCCAAUUGCUUCAAGCAAUCACAGCAUACACUUUAAGGCUGAAGACUAUGAUUUCUCGAGAAAUCGAGAAAAUUGAUGUUAGGGCUGAUGCGGAAACUUUGAGGUACAAGUAUGAGAACAACACAGUGAUGGAUGUUUCUUCUCCAGAUGUGAGUUCACCACUGAACUACCAACUUUAUGGUAAUGGGAAGAUAGGAGUGGAUGCAUCUUCUAGAGGAACUCAAAACCAGCUUCUUGAGAGACAGAAAGCACAUGUUCAGCAAUUUUUGGCCACUGAAGAUGCACUCAACAAAGCUGCAGAAGCUAGGGAUUUGUGUCAAAAGCUUAUAAAACGUUUACAUGGAAGUGGGGAUGCAAUUUCAUCACACUCCCUUGCUGGAGGCACAUCACAGAAUGUAGGCAGUCUUAGGCAAUUCGAGUUGGAUGUUUGGGCAAAGGAGAGAGAAACUGCAGGAUUGAGGGCAAGCCUGAAUACUUUGAUGUCUGAAAUACAGCGCUUGAAUAAAUUGUGUGCAGAGAGGAAAGAAGCUGAGGAUUCCUUGAGAAAAAAGUGGAAGAAGAUUGAAGAGUUUGAUUCUCGAAGAUCUGAACUUGAAACCAUAUAUACUGCUCUACUCAGGGCUAAUAUGGAUGCAGCUGCAUUCUGGAAUCAGCAGCCAUUAGCUGCAAGGGAGUAUGCGUCAAGCACUAUCAUUCCUGCAUGCACAGUUGUUAUUGACAUUUCAAAUAGUGCCAAAGAUUUUAUUGACAAAGAAGUAUCGGCCUUCUAUCGAAGUCCAGAUAAUAGUCUUUACAUGCUUCCAUCAACUCCACAGGCACUUCUCGAAGCUAUGGGUGCUAAUGGAUCUGCAGGACCUGAAGCUGUUGCUGCUGCAGAAAAGAAUGCUGCUCUAUUGACUGCAAGAGCAGGUGCUCGGGAUCCAUCAGCAAUUCCAUCCAUAUGCCGUGUUUCUGCCUCCCUUCAAUAUCCUGCUGGUUUGGAGGGUUCAGAUGCUGGCUUAGCAUCAGUGUUAGAGUCUCUAGAAUUCUGUUUGAAACUUCGUGGUUCUGAGGCUAGUGUGUUGGAGGACUUGGCAAAGGCAAUCAACUUGGUCCAUAUACGGCAGGAUCUUGUUGAAAGUGGUCAUUCCUUGUUAAAUCAUGCCUACAGAGCUCAACAAGAAUAUGAAAGGACAACUAAUUAUUGUUUCAACUUGGCUGAUGAGCAAGAGAAAAUUGUCAUGGAGAAAUGGUUGCCUGAACUUAAGACUGCAGUUUUGAAUGCUCAAAAAUGCUUGGAUGAUUGCAAAUAUGUCAGGGGUUUGCUUGAUGAGUGGUGGGAGCAACCGGCAUCUACAGUUGUUGAUUGGGUUACAGUUGACGGGCAAAACGUUGCUGCUUGGCAUAAUCAUGUGAAGCAACUUCUUGCAUUUUAUGAUAAGGAGCUCUUAUAGAGCAGUAUCUUUGUCCAUUAAGCAGGGCAAAAUGUUUCUGGAAUUCCUUUUCCUAUACACCUUUUACCACUUUCUUGUGCAUAUGGAAAUACAGACACUGAAGCAGUUUGAGCAUAAGACACCAUUGAGGAAGCAGGCAUUCGCCAUCGAUAUCUCCUUAAUUUGAUUACUUCUCUUUUUGAGGUUUGGAUUAACGAUAGUGUAAAGCUUUAUGUUAUGAGGGAAGCUAUUUCUAUUUGUACUUAGAUUCUGUUUUGUUUAUAUGUACAGUAAAUUUCACUUGUUUGUUUAAUUUCAACAGGUUAUGAAAAACUAUUUUUAAAUCCCACUGGAUUGGUCCUGUAUUAUCCAGUAUGUACAACAAUCAAGGGAAACUAAACAAAA